GGAGAGGCGGGACUUCCGGUCCCGGUGAAGCCAAAGCAGACGCACGGAAGAUCCCCGCUGCCGCCUAGGCGGACAGGUUUGUCUAAGUUUUAUUGGGGAAAAAACCUUUUCCUAAUUAAAAUCAGAAACCAAUUACUAUAAGCAGAGGAACACAAAUUUUAGAAAUGGACUCUGAAAUCAAAGAAGAAAUUCCUGUGCAUGAGGAAUUCAUUUUAUGUUGUGGAGUUGAAACCCAGGUUCUAAAAUGUGGGCCCUGGACUGACCUCCUUAAUGACCAAAGUGGCAAUAGACCUAAGCUGCUUAUUUUUAUUAUUACUGGUAACCCAGGAUUUUCUGCCUUUUAUGUGCCAUUUGCAAAGGCUUUGUACUCAGCAGUAAACAGACGCUUUCCAGUUUGGGUUAUCAGUCAUGCUGGGCAUGCCUUGGCCCCCAAAGACAAGAGGAUGCUUACAAGCUUGGAUGAUCCAAAUGCUCAAGAAAUUAAGGACAUCUAUGGACUCCAGGGUCAAGUAGAACACAAACUAGCUUUCCUGAGAACUCAUGUGCCAAAGAAAAUGAAACUUGUGGUCAUUGGCCAUUCAAUAGGCGGCUACAUUUCCCUUCAGAUUCUGAAGCGUGCCCCUGAGCUCUCAAUAAUUCGCUCCUUUCUGCUCUUUCCAACAAUUGAGCGAAUGUCUGAGACGCCCAACGGCCGGAUCGCCACUCCACUUUUGUGCUGGUUUCGAUAUGUGCUCUAUGUUCUUGGCUACUUUUUACUUAAACCAUGGCCUUUGAAAAUCAAGUCCUUGUUGAUCAGAAUGAGCCUUCAAAUGAUGAGCCUGAAGUACGAGUUUUCACUCCUGAAUAUACUGGAACCAUUCUGCCUUGCUAAUGCUGCCUACCUUGGGAGCCAAGAAAUGGUGGAAGUGGUAAAGAGAGACAAUGGAACCAUAAAGGAACAUUUAUCUAAGCUUACGUUUUACUAUGGUACCAUAGAUGCUUGGUGUCCAAAAGAGUACUAUGAAGACAUGAAGAAAGAUUUUCCAGAAGGAGACAUUCGGCUCUGUGAAAAAAAAAUACCUCAUGCCUUUAUCCUCCAUUUUUACCAGGAAAUGGCUGACAUGGUAGCUGACUGGCUAAAGGAUGAUCUGUCCAAAAUAUAACCACUAACACAAGGCAACAAGCACUGAUAGCCAGUGGCACCAUACAGUUAAUUUUGGUAGACAGGAUCCUUGCAGACAAAAGGAAAUCUUAAUUUAGGCUAUUUUGAUUGAACUGCAUUGUAGAAUAGCCUCUCUAGAGGAAUUAUGAAACACUUACUAGAAUAUGCAAAAGAGACCAGUGAAUAUUAAGUGUAUAGUCAGCUAUGUGAAGUUUAUGAGGCUCUGAGAAGGACACACUCAUGUGCCAUAGCAGGAAGUGAUGAGCAGCGGAUCUUGGCAGUGGACCCAACUUAAGGCGGAAGCUCACCAGCCCAGAAUAACUUUGCACAGGUCUUAGCUGAGCUCAUCAAAAUCAGACUGGAUACCAGGACAGCCUGCAGACCCCACCCGUGACUGUCUUACAGCCGGUCACAGAGCACCAAGUCAGCCUUUUAUCUGGCCUCCAGUGGCACAGUCUCACGCAGAGGAGGCUCAACAUCGGGAGAGGCACUCCAUGUACCCAUCUCCGAGAAGCUUCCCCAAGGAGUGUUAACUUCCUGAGCUACCCGUGCAAGACAAAGAAUAAAGUUCUCCAGACAUUCCUUUGGUCAACUAAUAAGAACUGUUGACAGAUGUUAACUGUACGUCUCACAACAAGACAGCCAGCAAGCUCCACACUUAGGCUUAGCUGGCCGGGUUGUGAGCUCCCUGCAGGCUCUUCUUCCCCAGAGCCAGCAUGGGGAGGCCAUGGGCUGUCCCAGACGAAGCCUGUUCUUUCCACGUGCAGUUGCCCCUUCUGUGAUUUUUUUUCAGUGAAACUCCACUGGGGAUCAGCUGUAAGCAAGUACUGUGUCAGGCACUGAGGGUAGAGUUCCUCACCACAUUAUGAUUCUUUCCUUCUGAAAAUAUUCUAGUCAUUUUUGAAAGGGCAUCUUUAAAUUGCUGAAUAGAGAAUUACUGUAAAUGAGUUCUCCAUUUCUGCAUUAGUCUUGUUAGCUGGAAAGAAGUUGCUUUAUUAACGAAUCAAAAACAAGCCAUUAUGUGAAUCCACCUUCUGUGGGUACCUGGAGGUACAGCAGGGAAGCAGCUUGGUCUCUGGCUGAGAGUGGCUAGCAGUGUUACUGCUUUCCCUAAACUGACCCAAUCCUGGGACCUUAGGAGCCAGUAAAUUCCACUGACUGGAGUGAUGGUUGAUGAUCAAUCAGAAGAAGCAUUCAGUUUUCUCCUAAAGGAAAUCCCUCAUAACGUUAUCAUCCCUUAGGGACAAUGGGAUGUUGUCCUUCCCUUUCAAAACCUAAAGUCCCUGAUGAAAGAUUCAGCUCUGAUGUCUUACCAGCUCAGUGGUGAGUGUUACUAUACAAGCUCUUAUCCUUUGGCAUGGCUUCUGCAUCAGUGCAGAUGACUUCUUAGAGGGGAAAACCAAGCUGCAGGCAAGGAGGAGCCAGGAGACACAGGCCACUGGCACAGGGCUGCACACAAGUUCUUAUUGACAUCUGCGUGGGUAGACCUAGAGAUCUGAUGUUAGAAGCUAGGACUCAUAGCUCUGAAGUGCUCUGCAUACAGGAGAGGCUCAGAAGUGCUAAGUUGAAGCAAUUAGAGCAAUUACUGGGUAAAUCAUACCUACUGGAAUAAAGAGCAACCUCCCCAACUUGUUGGCAUUAUUUUACAUCACUCCAUAUUUCAAAAGUCUACAUGCAUCAAAUUUUAUCUUAUUUUGGUUUUUCAGAGCUUAAAAAAUGAUAAAAAGUGAAACGAUAAAGUAAAAGAUGCUGGCUCUUAUUUCCUGUUUAUCGUCUAAGCACCAAAUAUAUUUUUGAAAACCAUGUUUUACCAGCACUGUGAUCUUGCCUGACCCGAUCUCUGUGUUGGGAGAGGAAGGGUGUAUCUGAGUUCUCCAGAGUUAGGCUUGAGUCCAAGUCUCUCUGUUCAAUUGAAAAGCCCCUUUCUCAGUGCUGCUUUGAGAGAAGGAAGAAUCUGAUUUCAGGAGAUUAAAGUUCAUUUUAUUUCAUUAGGAACUAAACUAAGACUAAACAUCUCAUGCAUAUGUAUGAGUUGAUAAGGUCUGUGAACCCUGGAAGCCUUUACCAUCUGUGUGAUUUUUAGGCAGCUUCAUCCAGUUUCUCCAUGCCUCAGUGUCCUUAUUUACAAACAGGAUUAAUAAGAAUGCAUACCCCAUGUUGUUGGAAGCAUUGAAUGAGAUUGAUAAAGCAUGUAGCACAAUGCCUGACCAAGAGCAUCAUCUCAAUAAGGAUUGGCUAAAAUAAUUAUUAUUGUUCAAGAUCAUUAAAAAAAAUGACUAAAAUUGAAAAGCAGUGGAUGAAAUCCACUUCUGUGUGUGUGUCCCAGUCAGCCACACAGAUAAUCCUUGCUCAUGAUUUAACUUUCUGUGGAGUCCACUGGUACCGAGUGAAAAGCCUAAACUGGGUAUGACCGGUGCCCACAGUCAUUCUCAGCCUGUGCUGGACACUGGAAAAUAAUGUCUGUGGUCAGCCCCGUGGUGCUCAUGGACCAAUGGCUCACGUCCACUUCUCUGCUCAACCCUUGGAAAGCCAGUGACCUCUGAAGGCUUGAUUUUCUUCACCCUACAUUUUAUUAAAAUUUAAUUGCAGAUUUAAGGAGACUAAGAAGACAUGCCAGUUUAAUACACCUGAUUCUGGAUUAGGUGGUCCUGCUAUAAAAACAUUGUUGGGCAGUUUGCACAACUUGAAUGGGGCCUGAAGAUUAGGUGGGAGUAAGAAGUCUAUUAACUUUCUGAUUUCAAUGAUUGUGGAGGAGCAGGAGAAUGUCCUCAUUUGUACUAAAGACACAUUAAAGUGUCAGUGGGUGAUCAGGCAUCGUGUCAGUUUACUUUCAAAUGGUUCAGAGGGAAAAAGUGUUCUUUGUACUUGUAACUUUUGUGUAACUUUGAGACUAUGUAAAAUUUACAAAAAUAAUCAUUUAAAAAAA